GCUUUGUAUAAAGGGGUCAUAUCUCAAUCCUCCUCUCACCUUGUGGUUCUUGUCUACAUUAUCUUACGAACUCUCUCUCUCUCUAUCUGUGUCUUCAAAUUCUACGGUUUCUUUCGAAUUAGCUCCUUCGGUUUUACAUUAAUUACGCAAAUGUCCGGAAUUUUAGUUAAUUUCGCCGGUAACCCCCUCCGCUUCUCCCAGGGAACCAGCCUUACUCAGCCGAAGCCAACCAGAUCACACCGCGGAAACGCGCGGUUUCCCAGCUCGUUCAAAGCUUCGUCGCAGACUCUCAACGCAGAGCCAGCCGUAACAGAAACCGCUCGCCGGCGAGCGUGGUCGAGCCUCUACGAGCUCCUGAGAGUCGACGAGACGGCGUCCUUGCCGGAGAUCAAGACGGCGUACCGGAGCCUGGCGAAGGUUUACCAUCCCGACGCCGCGUCGGUGGAAUCGGCGGACGGAAGAGAUUUCAUGGAGAUCCACAGAGCUUACGCGACGCUUGCGGAUCCGACGACGAGAGCGAUCUACGAUUCGACGCUGGGAGCGCGAAGGAGGCGUGUGCACGCUGGAGCUAUGGGCCGGACGGGUCGGGCGUAUGCGACGACCCGGAGAUGGGAGACGGAUCAGUGUUGGUGAUUUAGGUUUUCAUGUGAUGAUUUUGCAACAUCUUUUUUUUUUACUUCAUUUUCCCCUUUUUUUUUUGUUUUCCAUUGUCGUGUAUAUUGGAAAAUUAAGGGGAAAGAUAAGUUUUAUCAGUCCAUUAGCUUUAACUUUGUUUAACAUAAAUUAUGAAUAUAGAGAUGUAUAUUAUUUUUGUUUUCUC